CCCUCGGAGGCUUGCAAUCCCAUCUGCUCCCGACACGGGCCCCGCCCCCCACACCGCCGGCGCCGGCGACCGUUUCCACCUCCUCCUCCUCCGCUCGAGGAGAGGGCCAGCGGAGGGAGACCGGCCAAUUCACUAGGACCGUCCCAUAUGGGCGCGGAGGCAGAGCACCCGCAGCAGCAGCAGCCUCCGUCCUCCCUCCGGCCCGGCAGGGAGGCGGCGGCGGCGGCGGCGCCCGCGGUUCUGGGGCUCCAGCUCUCCGCGCUGAUCGACCACGUCGCGCGCGUCGACUGGUCCCUCCUCGACCGCGUCCCCGGCGACCGCGGCGGCUCGCAGCAGGUGUCCAUUGACGAGCUAAAUCAUAUUCUUACUGAAGUGAAUGCCCACAUCCUUCCUUCCCGCAAUGAUCUCGCUCCAAUAACUACAAUAGCCGGUGGAAGCGUUGCCAACACAAUUCGUGGGCUCUCAGCUGGUUUUGGGAUAUCAACUGGAAUAAUUGGAGCUUGUGGAGAUGACAGCCAGGGCAUUUUGUUUGUCAACAAUAUGAGUUUUAGUGGUGUAGAUCUCACAAGAUUAAGGGCCAAAAAAGGGCACACUGCUCAGUGUGCGUGCUUGGUCGAUGCAAGCGGCAAUCGCACCAUGCGGCCAUGCCUAUCUACUGCAGUCAAGAUUCAGGCCAAUGAGUUUAGAAAAGAGGAUUUCAAAGGCUCCAAGUGGCUUGUUGUGAGAUAUGCACAACAGAACAUGGAACAGAUUGUUGAAGCUAUUAGGAUUGCUAAACAGGAAGGCCUUUCAGUAUCAUUAGAUUUGGCUAGUUUUGAGAUGGUUCGUGACUCUAGGUCAAAACUCAUUAACCUUUUGGAGACUGGCAACAUUGACCUUUGCUUCGCCAAUGAAGAUGAAGCCAGAGAGGUUAUAGGGGGAGGUCCAACAUCAGAUCCAGAGGAGGCACUUGCAUUCUUGGGCAAGUACUGCAAAUGGGCCGUGGUGACACUUGCUUCAAAGGGAUGUAUGGCGAAACAUGGCAAACAGGUCGUUCAAGUGCCGGCGAUCGGGGAGAGCAACGCGGUGGACACGACCGGAGCAGGCGACCUGUUCGCGAGCGGGUUCCUGUACGGGCUGGUGAAGGGGCUGCCGCUUGAGGAGUGCUGCAAGGUCGGGGCGUGCAGCGGCGGCUCGGUGACGCGGGCGCUGGGCGGGGAGGUGCGGCCGGAGAACUGGCAGUGGAUGUACAAGCAGAUGCACGCCAGGGGCCUGCUGCUCCCCGAGCUCAAGAACUGAACUGCUGCUGCUGCUGCAGUGCUGCUUCUGUCGCUGUAGCUUAUUAGCUGCACGGCUGCACCAGCUGCUGUAUCUCACCACUUCUAAGAGGCCAUUAUCCAGCCUCCCGUUAUUGAUUGUUGCGGUUGCCUUACCCUGUUCGCUAGAAUAUUGUUGGUUUACCAUGCUUGAUUCAUGGCAUGGUGAAGGGCAGGCUGGCAUAUUAGUUGAUUUGUUGAUGAACCACUCCUCCUAAGAUUGAAUCAGUCGAAUGGAGUAUAUUGAUUACUGCACUUCAUGGGUGUGUGUGUGCGCGCUAAUGUACUUCAGUUGCCCGCCUUGCUUUCUCAA